ACACGGCACUGUGUGUGUGUGUGUGUGUGUGUGUGUGUGUGUGUGUGUGUACGCGCACAACAGGAAACGAGCGGAGGUUUCAGAGUCGAGCGGGGUUAGUCCGUGGGUGUGUUGUGCUGUCUCGAGUCUCUCUUCAGCCGGACACGAUUGAAGGUUCUUGGUACCAGAUGAGGAACAAUGCUGGCCAUGGACCAAGGUGUGGUGGAGGAAUGGCUGUCUGAGUUUAAGACUAUUCCUGAGACGGCCAUCUCCAGCUACGCUGCGUCUCUGAAGGAAAAGCCCUCGCUGGUCCCUGCGCUCUAUAAAGUCAUCCGAGAGAACUACAGCGACCUCUUGGAGCCGGUGUGUCACCAGCUGUUUGAGUUUUACCGGAGCGGAGAGGCUCAUCUUCAGCGCUUCACCCUGCAGUUCCUGCCUGAGCUGGUGUGGAGUUACCUGUCUGUGAGCGCCGGACGCAACCCUCACCACAGCGGCUGCAUCGAGGCUCUUCUGCUCGGCAUCUACAACCUGGAAAUAGUUGAUAAAGAUGGUCAAAGCAAAGUGUUAUCCUUCACCGUCCCCUCCUUAUCCAAACCAUCAGUGUACCAUGAGCCUUCUGCCAUCGGCUCCAUGGCCCUAACCGAAGGAGCUCUAGCCAAUCACGGGCUUAGUCGAGUUGUUUACAGUGGACUGCACCUCCAGAGAGAGACGUUCACAGCGCAGAACAGGUUUGAAGUGCUGACGUUCCUGCUGCUUUGCUAUAAUGCUGCUCUGAGCUACAUGAACUGUUCUUCCCUCCAGUCUCUGUGCCGGCUCAGCUCCAGAGUGUGUAUCUGUGGCUAUCCAAGGCAGCAGGUUCGCAGAUAUAAAGGCAUGAGCAGCAGGAUGACGGUGACGUCAGAGUUCCUGGUGCAGCUGAUCACGGGAAUUCACUUCUCUCUGUGUAAUGGAGAACCUGAUUUAGGCUCCAAAGCUCUGGAUGACGUUCUGUAUCGAGCUCAGCUGGAGCUUUUCCCAGAAGUCUUGCUGGUGGGAAACGCCAUCAAGUCAUCACUCCAUGGUGCUGCUCUGAAGUCCAACAAGGAAGGCAUGCGCUCCAUCCAGGUGGAAAUCACACCCACUUCCUCACGGAUCUCCAGAAACGCCGUCACCAGUAUGUCCAUCCGCGGCCAUCGCUGGAAACGGCACGAGUCUCAAGAGAACAGUAUAGACUCCCCAGACUCUACUCCGCUCGGGCCCAUCCCCACCAUUAGUGUUACGGGGGUGAGCGGCGAGCGGGUGGCUAACGGCGAGGCACUGCGUGGCAGGACCGAAGCCGAGACGCUGGGGGGCGCCGCUGAGCUGGGGCUGGACCCUAGAGGUCAAGAGGUCAGGAGACAGAAGUCUCUGCGGAGGCACGUGGAGGACGGGACACCCUCCACAGGGAGGCUCCAGUUCUAGAGCCUCUCGGCCCUCCACACACAAUGUGACCUGAUAUCCCUUCCCUCUCCCUUUAGGCCCAGAGGUACUGUGGGCGGAGCUGUUUGAAUCGGGCAGGGUAUAAACUUGUCCCGCUUUAACAAGGCAUAAUGGAGUGGCCUGGAGAUGCUACAAGGAAAUUCAAACUCCUUAAAACUCAAGCACCUAGUCGCAUUUUUAGAGGUUUAAAGCAGCAGAUUGUAAAAUCUGGAGCCCUCUGGUGCGCAUAAAGUGAACUGCAACAACAACAAAAAAGUCUGCCCUAUCUCCGUUUUCUCCAAAUCACCCUCAUCCCCACGGAGAACCAAUUUAUUCUACCUAAGUGGCCUUUUUAAGCUAAAGUGUGCUGCUCUGAUUUCAGUUGGUUUGGGGUUAAUUUCUGAGUUGAGAAAAAUGAAAUAAAACCAUUAAAUAAGAAACUGAUUGCGUGGCUCUAAUUAGGAUCAUUACUUUAUUUAACAAAAAUAUCCACAAUUUUAUGAUAGAAAUCUAGACUCUAGGGAAACCGCCCAAACCAUCCCUUUAAUUAAGUUGGAACAGUUUACAUGAUGAAUUUGUUGGUGCUUUUGAAAUGGUAUGGUGACAUUUCCUUGUGAGGAUCAAGGCAAACUUAUCUUAACCUCAGGACUUAAAUCUUUUCCUAAACUUUGCAACGUCUCCUGCCUCCACGAUCUGCUUCACCAUUUCCCGUCCUCGUUCUCCAUCAGCAGCCCUCUGCAUUCUCUCUCUCUCUCUCUCUCUCUCUCUCUCCUUCUCUCCCCAACACUUGUCACGCAGUUGGACUCCCCGAGCCGACUAACAACUUCACAAGUUAGAAAAUUACACUUCUCUCCUUACUGCAACUAAAAAACAGCCUUUGCUGCACGCUUGAAUGUUGGGUUGCUAUGGGAAACAGUUGCUCUGUAGACGGGCUGCAAUAACCGGAGCAGCUCCAGAUAAGACUGCAGAAUGCUUAAAGAAACACUUGGGUUAGGUGCUCAGUAACAUCCUGCAGAUUUCAUAACCAGUUUAACACGACCAGCUGUCCUGUCUCCUGUCUCCUGUCUGCUUCAGUCGGAUUGGAUGUGAUGUGCUUUUCUCUUCUACUUUUCUGCCCUUUUCUGUAUUGUCCUUUACUCCCUUGUCUUUUUUUGGCCUUUCUGGUUCUGUCUUUUCUUGUCCUGUCCUUUCAUUUCCUUUUGCUGCCUCUCUUUUCAUAUCGUCCUAGCUUUUCCUCCUCUUUCCUUUGAACGAAGGAUUGUAUUUUGUGUUGUUUAUAAUGUACUAUAAUGAUAAUAAUAAUGUACUCGUGUGAAAAUGAAACACACGUCUGCAAUUAAUCACCUUUAAUCUGUUUUUUUUUUAAAGUACCUCUGAACUGUUUUUAAAAAGUAAAGUGAAGAAAGCUCCGUUCCUCUCAGAUAGCUUUAGCCGUCUAGAAACUGGUGUUAAGGUCACAUUUAACAUGAAGCUAAAUUCACUUUUUAUUUUUCAUUCAAAACUAAGACUUGUUUACUGCAGCUACAGUAACUCUUUCUCUUUGAGCUAUUUUAGAAAGUCGUAUGUAUAAUGAUUUUUGGAGUCUUUCUAGUAAAGUGUGUGCUUUCCCAGGGCUCUUGGCUUUCACACUAACAUGUUCUGGGGUACUUUGAAUACAUCAGCUGAUUAUUGACUGUUAUUAUUGAGGUGUUUCUGAGGAGUGAGGUGUUGUGACCUGUGAGGUUCAUUGGGUGUAUGAUCUCAGAAUCUCUAGACAAUCCAGUCAGCUUGACACACUGCUACAGUAAACAAAAUCCUUUAUAAACAUAAAGCUGAGGC